AUGCCGGGAGAGCACAAACGCUGCCCCAGGCGUGUGUGCGGGACAGGGGCAGGCACCUUGCGCACAGCCCCGGCUGUGCCCACCUGCCAGCCCCCCGCUGUCCCCACCUGCCAGUCCCUGGCUGUCCCCACCUGCCAGCCCCCCGCUGUCCAUACCUGCCAGCCCCCCGCUGUCCCCACCUGCCAGCCCCGGCUGUGCCCACCUGCCAGCCCCCCGCUGUCCCCACCUGCCAGCCCCUGGCUGUCCCCACCUGCCAGCCCCCCGCUGUCCCCACCUGCCAGCCCCGGCUGUGCCCACCUGCCAGCCCCCCGCUGUCCCCACCUGCCAGCCCCGGCUGUCCCCACCUGCCAGCCCCCCACUGUCCAUACCUGCCAGCCCCCCGCUGUCCCCACCUGCCAGCCCCGGCUGUCCCCACCUGCCAGCCCCCCGCUGUCCCCACCUGCCAGCCCCCCGCUGUCCCCACCUGCCAGCCCCCCGCUGUCCCCACCUGCCAGACCCCGCUGUCCAUACCUGCCAGCCCCCCGCUGUCCCCACCUGCCAGCCCCGGCUGUCCCCACCUGCCAGCCCCCCGCUGUCCCCACCUGCCAGACCCCGCUGUCCAUACCUGCCAGCCCCCCGCUGUCCCCACCUGCCAGACCCCGCUGUCCCCACCUGCCAGCCCCCCGCUGUCCCCACCUGCCAGCCCCUGGCUGUCCCCACCUGCCAGCCCCCCGCUGUCCCCACCUGCCAGCCCCGGCUGUGCCCACCUGCCAGCCCCCCGCUGUCCCCACCUGCCAGCCCCUGGCUGUGCCCACCUGCCAGCCCCCCGCUGUCCAUACCUGCCAGCCCCCCGCUGUCCCCACCUGCCAGCCCCCGGCCCCAUCACCCCACACGGCCCCUAUCACCCCACAGGACCCCUCAGCCGAGGCUCGGCCCCCGCGGAACCCCCGGCAGGACCCGCAGCCUGCCCACCGGACCUGUGCCCCACUGAGCACGGCCGCGGCUUCCUCACCCCUCCGCACCCGCAGCCGGGCUCCCGGCGGCCCGGCCGCCCCUGGGUUGGGCUCCCCUCGGCCCGGCUGGGCUCGGGCGCUUCCUGAAAGUUCAGCGGGAUCGGCACUGCCGGGGCGGGACGAGGCGGAGGAGGUGCCGGAUGCAGCAGGACGAGGGGCAAGCGGCCCGGGGCAAGCUGUCACGGCAAUGUCACGAUAG